AUGCCCCUGCACGUCCCCUCCAACCUCGACAGCCCCGUGCUGUCGCUCUUUUCCCUCGAGGGCAAGAUCGCCCUGGUGACGGGCGGCUCCCGCGGCAUCGGGCUGCAGGUCGUCACGGCGCUCGCCGAAGCCGGCGCCGACGUGGCCUUCAUCUACCUCCGCAGCACGUCCGCCGAGGCGACGGCCGCCGCGGUCGCGGCCAAGACAGGCCGCCGCGUCCAGGCGUACCAGUCAGACGUGACGGACCGCACCGGCCUCGGGGCGACGAUCCGGCACAUCGCGCAGACGUUUGGCCAGGGGCGGCUCGACGUCGUGGUGGCCAACGCGGGCGUGUGCCAGGCGGUGCCGUCGCUCGCGUACGACCAGGAGACGUGGGCGCACACCAACAGCGUCAACUACGACGGCGUCAUGUGGACGGCCAUUGCGGCGGGCCAGAUAUUCAAGGCGCAGGGCCGCGGCAAUCUCGUCGUCACGGCGUCGGUCAGCGCCGGGCUCGUCAACGUGCCGCAGACGCAGGCCGCGUACAACGCCUCCAAGGCGGGCGUGCUGAUGCUUGCCAAGAGCUUGGCCGUUGAGUGGGUGGACUUUGCUCGGGUGAAUUGCGUCUCGCCGGGAUAUGUGCACACGGAAAUGAUUACCACACAGCCCGCACAUCUGCUGGAAAAAUGGCUCGGCAUGAUUCCGGGCGGAAGGACGUGCCAGCCCGCUGAGCUCAAGGGCAUAUACACAUUCCUGGCCAGCGACGCAUCAUCGUACAUGACAGGCUCCAAUGUCAUUAUAGAUGGCGGGUUCACACUACCAUGA